AACGUGGAAGAUAACCUUUCACUCCUCAACAUUAAAUUGCGUAUAAAUUUCUCUUUGUUACGUCUACUGCGAGUUCGUUGAUAUCUUUUACGUACAUUGACAUGCUUCAUCACGCCUAACCUGCAAAUUUGAACUUUGUUCGCGACUUUGCUUUACUUUUAAUUCAAAACAAAAGUUGUUUAUGAAAACAACUGAAAUGCCGUAUCCUGAAUCACCAUUUACUGAUGAUUUUAACGAUGAUAUUCUUAUUCCUUUAUCAUGUACAUUACAAAACAAGAACGAGUUUUUGAAAAAAUUAAAGAAGUGGUUGUGUCAAACACCAAAUAUGACUACAAUUCGAAUUGAUUCAACAAAACCAAGCAUAGAAAACGUGAUUAAUGAACAAUUACACCAGACAUGUUCUUUAGAUUAAUUCACAGAGAAAUAUACCGAUGCCCAAAAUUUACAAGCAUUCUACACUUGAUAUGCUUGUUAUUGAACACCUUGAUGAAAAAUAUUUAGAUUUGGAGAAAGUUUCCAAAGAAGUUGUAAUUGACCAUAAAUGUGCUGCUGCAGUCCUUAGAGGUGCACAUAUAUUUGCCCCUGGUGUAAUUGGCAUGACUAAAAAUUGUAACAUUGACGAUAAAGUAUCAGUCUACGUCGAUACAAGUCCUACCAACAAGUGUAAAAAAGGUUUUGCAAAGGUAUUUGACUCUGAGUACAAACAUUUUAUUGCAAAUGGACGCGUAAAACUCACACGCUCAGAUUUGUUUUGUUUAGAGCCUAUUGAAACCGGUAUAGCAAUCGAGAUAACUGAUACAAUCAGUGGUUGUCCACCUUUGGAUCACAAUGUUUUGCAUCAUCAUGGUGCUAUGUUACAAAAUCUGCCAUCGAUUGUUGCUGUAGAAUGUCUUAACGUGGAAAAACAUUCUAGAAUUUUAGAUAUGUGCGCUUCUCCUGGUGGUAAAACUGUUCAUAUAUCUGCUAAAAUAUCUCCUGAAUGUUUUUUAAUGGCCUGCGAUAAAACACCACAUAAAAUUCUUCAAUUAAAACGCACUAGCGAAAAGUAUAACAUAGAAAACAUAAGAAUUGAAUGUGUUGAUUGGGUUAAGACUAAUAACAAGAUGGCCGCAUCCAUUGCUGAUGUUUUAGUUGAGAAAUUUGACGCUAUUUUAUUAGAUGCACCUUGUAGUGCCUCCGGAAAUCGUCCACAAUUACUAAAUACUGAUUCCGAAGUAAUUUUAGCAAGUUUUGUUGCUGUGCAGAAGAAUUUAAUACGUACAGCUGUUGACAUGCUUCGACCAGGUGGAACUCUAGUCUACAGUACUUGUUCGAUUGCAGUACCUGAAAAUGAAGGAAUUGUAUCGUAUGCACUGAAAAAACUUCCUUUAGAGUUGAUUCCAGCUGAACCCAAACAUGGCAGCCAUGGAUUACCAUACGAAGGCAUUGAACAUUCAGAAUAUUUACAACGUUUUGGUCCUGAUGUAAUGGAACAUAAUUCCAUUGGUUUCUUUAUAGCAAAAUUCAAAAAGACAAAAAUAGAACCAUAGAUGAUAAUAGUA